AUGAACAUCCAUCCAAACUCAUCAAUCAUACCAAGUAGAUGUGAAAAACAGUUUUUUUUUGCAGCGCAGGUGCUUCGGAAACAUCCGCGGCUGGCGAAUCUGCAGUCAAUUCGCUUGGGCCAUCCACCGUCCUCGCGGUUCUGGCGGUAUCAUUCAGAGGGAACAGGCUGUGUAUCGACCGUGGAGGCCUUGGCAGCUCUCGCCAAAGAAGUUCGGCCCUCCCAAGGAGACGCGAACGAGUCGAAGGAGUGCGAAGGAGAUACACCUGGCCUGGAUCUGCUGAUGGAUGACCCUUUCCUGUUCUUCUUCGUCAGACAGUUUGCCUACAUCUCUGAGAGGUGCCUCUCAGGCGCCGAGCGUCCGAUGGAUGCCACGGCCAAGCAAAGGCGAAUGGAGCAGGUUCGCCAGAAGGAUCGUUCCAAACGACCGAAGCUUCGCCCAUACGGGCCCGAGGCGGAUGACCAUCCGGAGGGGGCAGAACGCCUGACGGCUUGCCUGGCAGGACAUCGCCUGGCAGAAUGGCUGGGUAGUUUAGGACUCGUUGCCCAUGGCCUUUGGCCCUGGCUACAUCCGGUGCCGCUGCGCAGCGCCAUGGACGAGGAGCUGCAGCUGGUGCAUCCGAAGCUGCAGAUCGCGGGGCUGAAGCGCGCGCAACGCGCGGCCGCGGAGCUGCUCAAGGGAUCGAAGGGAUCCAAGGGCCGGGUGUGGCUGCCACCGGGGGGGUGCUUGGAACGGAUUGCAAAGGCAGAUCUGCCCGUGCAGCGUGGCAAAAAGCAUGACACCUUUGUCACAAGCAGCUCACUAGACGCUGCCCGAUGUGCCGCAGGAGGAUUGUUGCAGUUGGUGGACGAGAGUCUCAAAGGAUCCUUUCUGCAGGGAAUUGCCCUUUGCCGACCCCCAGGGGAUCAUGCGGGAGCCACGAGCAGCACGGGCUUUUGUCUCAUCAACAAUGUCGCUCUAGCAGCACGCUAUGCGAUGAACAGGUAUCCCUCCUUGGUGGAGCGUGUCUUGAUUUUUGAUUGGGAUGUGCACCAUGGACAAGGCACUCAAGAGAUUUUCUGGAACGAUUCCAACGUGCUGGUGGUUGACAUGCACCUCUUUGCUGAAGGAUUCUACCCCUCCUCUGGUGCCCCACAUGAGGUGGGCUCGGGCCAAGGCCUGGGCUACACCAUCAACGUGGCCCUGCCGGAGGGCUACACCGAUGCCUGCCUGCUGCGCGCAUGUCAGGAUGUGCUGGUACCAGCUGCCCGGCGCUUCAAGCCGGAUCUCAUCUUGGUCAGCGCCGGAUUCGACGCCUCGCAAUGGGAUCCUCUGGGUGAGGCCAACUGCACGGCUGAAGGGUUUGGAAGGCUCGCCCAACUGCUGACUGGCUUGGCGCGAAAGCUGUGCCAGGGCCGCCUGUUGCUGGGGCUGGAGGGCGGCUAUGAUGCGGCAGCGCUGGCCAGCUGUAUGGGGGCAGUUGCAACGAACCUGUUGGAUGCAGCUGAUGAUAGCAGCUCUGGGAGCCUUCAAGGCAUGUUGGAAGCAUGUCAGUCCAGUCAGGAGCCACUGGCAGAAUCUAUGAAGGCCAUCUGGGCAACACGUAUGGCGCAUCAAACUUUACCUUUGCGGUUGAUGGAUGGCUCUUCAGCCGCUCUUGUGCCAUUCAGUCGCACCAAGAGAAAGUAUGAGGCGUCCAAGAAUUUGAAUGCGGAGACAUUGCUUGGUCAACUCAAAUCCAAGCGAUCUUCAGCUGGAGGGUGAUGCACUUGCAUCAGGGAAUUCUGCAGGAAUUCCGAAAACCAGUCGUUCAUGCUCGUUUGG